AUGGAGCCUGGAAAAGAAAAGGAGUCAGAGGCCCCUGGUGAGCAGAAUCGGAGAGCAAGACCCAGCACCAGGUCUUCAACUACAAAUAGACAGCCGAGAAUGAAAAGAAGGAAAAAAGAUUUAGAAGAGCUGAAGAAGGAAGUGGUUAUGGAUGAUCACAAGCUAACAUUGGACGAGCUGAGCGCCAAGUACUCUGUGGACUUGACCAAGGGUCUUAGCGUCGCAGAAGCCCAGGAAAUUCUGUUUCAAAAUGGACCGAAUGCACUAACCCCUCCUCCAACCGUUCCUGAGUGGGUCAAAUUCUGUAAACAGCUGUUUGGUGGUUUCUCCCUCCUCCUGUGGACUGGUGCCUGUCUCUGCUUCCUGGCCUAUGGCAUACAUGUAAAUUAUUACAAAGACAACGCUAACAAAGAUAAUCUGUACCUGGGGAUUGUGUUAGCUGGCGUUGUCCUCAUUACUGGCUGCUUCUCAUAUUACCAGGAGGCCAAGAGCUCCAAGAUCAUGGAGUCUUUUAAGAACAUGGUGCCUCAGCAAGCUCUGGUGAUUCGAGAUGGAGAGAAAAUGCAAAUCAAUGUAAGAGAUGUGGUUUUGGGAGACCUAGUAGAAGUGAAGGGAGGAGACCAAAUCCCUGCUGAUAUCAGGGUUAUCGCUGCGCAAGGAUGUAAGGUAGACAAUUCCUCCUUGACUGGGGAGUCAGAACCCCAGUCUCGCUGCCCUGAUUGCACCCAUCAGAACCCUCUGGAGACACGGAAUAUCAUCUUCUUCUCCACCAACUGUGUAGAAGGAACAGCUCGGGGUAUUGUGAUUGCUACAGGAGACUACACAGUAAUGGGCCGGAUUGCUUCCCUGACAUCAGGCUUGCAAAUGGGCAAGACCCCCAUUGCCAUGGAAAUCGAACACUUCAUCCAUCUGAUCACAGCUGUUGCAGUCUUCCUCGGUGUCUCGUUUUUUUGGCUCUCGAUUAUCUUGGGCUACACCUGGCUGGAUGCUGUCAUUUUCCUUAUUGGCAUCAUUGUGGCCAAUGUGCCGGAAGGGCUGCUAGCCACUGUCACUGUGUGCCUGACGCUGACAGCCAAGCGCAUGGCUCGCAAGAACUGCCUGGUGAAGAACCUGGAGGCCGUGGAGACGCUGGGCUCCACAUCCACCAUCUGCUCGGACAAGACGGGCACCCUCACCCAGAACCGCAUGACAGUGGCUCAUUUGUGGUUUGAUAAGACUGUGUAUGAGGCCGACACCAGUGAGGAGCAAACCACGGGGAAAACAUUUCCCAAGUCCUCGGACACCUGGUUUUACCUGGCUCGAAUCGCUGGCCUCUGUAACCGGGCCGACUUUAAACCCCAUCAGGAGUCUGUUCCCAUAGCUAAGAGGGCAACAACGGGGGAUGCUUCCGAGUCAGCCCUCCUCAAAUUCAUUGAACAGUCUUACAGCCCCGUGAGCGAAAUGAGGCAGAAAAACCCCAAGGUGGCGGAGAUUCCCUUUAACUCUACCAACAAGUAUCAGAUGUCCAUCCACCUUCUGGAAGAUAACUCCGAUGCCCACGUGCUGCUAAUGAAAGGUGCCCCAGAGAGGAUCCUUGAUUUUUGCUCCAGUUUCCUGCUGAAUGGGCAGGAGUACCCUAUGGAUGAAGAAAUGAAGACAGACUUUCAGAAUGCCUACUUAGAACUGGGAGGUCUGGGCGAACGCGUGCUGGGGUUCUGCUUCUUGAACUUGCCUAGCAAUUUCUCUAAGGGGUUCCAGUUUAAUACCGAUGAGUUAAAUUUUCCCAUGGACAAUCUGUGUUUCGCGGGCCUCAUCUCGAUGAUCGACCCUCCUCGGACCGCCGUGCCUGAUGCUGUGAGCAAGUGUCGAAGCGCAGGGAUCAAGGUGAUUAUGGUAACGGGGGAUCAUCCCAUCACAGCCAAAGCUAUUGCCAAAAGUGUGGGUAUCAUUUCAGAAGGUAACGAAACGGCGGAGGACAUUGCCACUCAGCUGAAUAUCCCUAUCAGUCAAGUCAAUAGCAAGUCUGUUAAAGCCAUUGUAGUGCACGGCUCAGAACUGAAAGACAUGGAAUCACAGCAGCUGGACAAUAUCCUCAAGUCCUAUAAGGAGAUUGUCUUUGCCCGGACCUCCCCUCAGCAGAAACUCAUCAUUGUGGAGGGGUGUCAGCGACUGGGAGCCAUUGUGGCAGUGACUGGUGAUGGGGUGAAUGACUCUCCAGCGCUGAAGAAGGCUGACAUCGGCAUUGCCAUGGGCAUCACAGGCUCUGAUGUCUCUAAGCAGGCGGCUGACAUGAUCCUUCUCGACGACAACUUUGCCUCCAUUGUGACAGGCGUGGAGGAGGGCCGCCUCAUCUUUGAUAACCUGAAGAAGUCCAUUGCAUACACCCUGACCAGCAACAUCCCUGAGAUCACCCCUUUCCUGCUGUUCAUCGUCUUAAGCAUACCCUUGCCUCUGGGCACCAUAACCAUUCUCUGCAUCGAUCUGGGCACUGACAUGGUCCCUGCUAUCUCCCUGGCUUAUGAAUCACCUGAAAGUGACAUCAUGAAAAGGCUUCCACGGAACCCCAAAACGGACAAUCUUGUGAACCACCGUCUUAUUGGCAUGGCCUAUGGGCAGAUCGGGAUGAUACAAGCUCUGGCUGGAUUUUUCACCUAUUUUGUGAUCCUGGCGGAGAAUGGCUUUAAGCCUCUCGAUCUUCUGGGUAUCCGUCUAUUCUGGGAUGACACACAAUUAAAUGACCUAGAGGACAGCUAUGGGCAGCAGUGGACCUAUGAGCAGCGGAAGGUGGUGGAAUUCACAUGCCAAACGGCCUUCUUCAUCAGUAUCGUGAUUGUGCAGUGGGCUGACCUCAUCAUCUGCAAGACACGCAGAAAUUCACUCUUCAAGCAGGGCAUGAAAAACAAAAUCCUAAUAUUUGGACUCCUUGAGGAGACGGUCCUGGCAGCUUUCCUGUCCUACGUCCCGGGCAUGGAUGUGUCCCUGCGGAUGUACCCACUCAAGAUAAACUGGUGGUUCUGCGCACUUCCCUACAGUGUUCUCAUCUUCGUCUACGAUGAAAUCAGAAAACUUAUCAUCCGGAGACGGCCUGGUGGAUGGCUGGAGAAGGAGACAUACUACUAA